UAUUGUUUCAAUUAAUGCAGGCGAUUGCACAAAAAAAUGCAAGAAAUCGAAAAAAGAAAAAAACUCCUCAUACCUUAGGAACUGACUCGCUUGCGAUCAGAAAAGAUGAGUUGGAAUUGAGAUAUGGUCGAGAAUAUAGCAGGGGAGAUAUGUAUGUUGUUUCGCAUAAAGAUGCCAAGGGAAAAUUUGUCAAUGAAUAUGCAAGUCAAAAAGCUGAACUAUUGCAAGUUGAAAUGCAAAACACUCAAUGUGAGAAUGAAGCAUUUUUCAAAGUGUUUGAAAAGGAACAUGCUGGAUAUGUCCGUUCUAUGGGGCUUGGGAUAACUCCAUCUCGAAUCUCUAGUCCCUCUACUAGAUUAGCCUCAUCUUCCAUUGAGUCUAAUGAGAAAAUGUUGAAAAUGCAAGCUGAGAUUGAUUCUCUUAAGGAGAAGGCUUCACAAGUUGAUUUCUUGAAGGCGCAAGUUGCUUUUUUAAUGCAAGUGCAAAAUUCAAGAGACAAAGAGCCAACAAAUUUAGAAACAAGAGAUGGUAGACAUUCAUCUGAGUCUAGCCACCGCCUGGAGGAUCAUUGAAGCAACAUCACUAGGGAACUUCUAAUUUUGCUACAGCUGUUUUGAAUGUUCAGUCACUAGUGUUUUGUUUUUUGAAUGUUUAAACUUGGUAUUAUAUAUCUUUUGUUUUAGUUAAGUUGAUGUAUGGAUCAAACUUCUUACUCUUGAAUUAUGUAUAUUUUGCAUUUUAAGUCUUUAGUAAUAUAUUUUGAGAUUGCCUUCAAA